AUGGCGUCGACGCGCGAGCCAAAGGCUACUCCAGCCACUUCAACACACUCAAGAAAGCACAUCAAGACAGGCCAGCAUACUCUUGACACCUUCUUCGCCGCGCGCCCAGCAGGGGCACUGAACACAACCUCACCCAAAAAGCUACGCCCUUCUUUUCAGCCGACUACCAUCGAGCCACAGACGCCGACGUCAUCUACUUUUGAGAUUGUCCUCGGCUCGUCAACCCCUAAGCAGAGAGCGACCGCUCCCUUCGGCGCCCCGCACGCAGCUGGCGGCGACGACGACAUCACAUCAGACCUCUCACCACAAUUUCGCCGCCUGGCAGCACAAGCCGCCCAACCCGUGAGCCUCAGCAAGCCGGCCUCGCCAGCGGUCAGCAAGAUCAGCAAUCAUGCACCUGUCGCAAGAUCAUCGCCGGAAGCAGAAACAGCAACAGCAGCAGCAGCAGCAGCAGCAGCAGGUCCGUCCUCCAGACAGAAGCGCAGGCGCGGCCGCCCAAAAGGCUAUCGUCCCAGUCUCGGCCGCAUCGUCGGCGAAGACGAGGCCGACGCGCUCCAACCCAACGCCCGCCAAACCCGCACGCCAAAAGCGGUGAGCUACUACACGGGCAAGCGGCGCGGCCGGCCGCCCAAGGCAGAGGCCCCGGGGCCGCGUGAGGUGUACGAGACGCUCGCGCCGCGGUUUCUACGGUUCGUGUGCGAGUGGGCCGGGUGCAGCGCCGAGCUGCACAACUUUGAGACGCUGCGGCGGCAUGUGAGCGUCGUGCACGCGCCGACGGGACGGCAGAAGGUCUGUCAGUGGGCGCGGUGCAGGCAAGGCAGGCGCGAGUUUGCGACGGCGGAGGAGAUGCGCGCGCACUUGGAGGAGGUGCACAUGCCGCCCAUCGUGUGGCAGGCGGGCGAGGGCCCGGUUAUCACGGCGAAAAAGUACAUUGUGGAUGAUGCCACUGGGGAGUUGCCGCGAUAUCUCUUUGACAAGACGGGCGUGCAGGUGACGCCAUCGGUCAGGGAUCAACAGCUGGAAGAUAUCCCGACGUAUAGGGCGAACAGGAAGAAGCUCAGGAUGCUCCUGCUGCUACGCGACCAGAACCUCACUAGUGAGGUCGAGAGUGGGGAGGACGGUGAACUCGAGGGUCCAGUGGCAUGA